AUGAAGAGCGCCAUGACAAGGGUGAAAGCGAUUCACCACGCUGUGAUGGCGGCGAAGAUAUCUGCGACUGGUCAGCGUGGUCAUAUCCGUAAAUGGACAGUGAUUCCACAAACGCUCUGCAGCGGUGAUAGCCAAGGAACUGUCGGCAACGAAGCGAUGGAUUCGAGAGGGGAAAAGGAGGAGGAGGAGGAGGAGGAGGAGGAGAUAGCCGCUGGCCCCAUUGUCUUUCAUCUCUUAGUGUCUCGGUUGUUCAUCCAUGAGCUGGGAAUUGGAUCUGGGAAAAAAAUAACUAAGAGCACACCGACUGCAAUGUUGGCAUCCGAGAUUCCUCUGAUGCUCCCCAACGGCACAGCAAGACUCCAGUCGUUUACUCACUGCCUAGGAUGGUUUUGA